UCCCUCUGCGCCUAGGUAUACAUAACGUGAUUGUUUUGGCCAUUCCUCUACCUCUCUCUCGUGAUUCUUCUUCUCUCUGUCUCUCGUUCUUAUCUUGAUCGAUUUCUGCUAGGGCAAACUCCAAGAAAAACACAUGGAGACUCUCACGUUGACAGGUUUGUUGAAACGCGUCUCCGCAGAAUUUCCGUCACGGCGAGCCGUGUCUGUCUCUGGAAGGUUGGAUUUGAUGCACGCGCGGCUUCAGGAACUCGUUGAAAUUGCCGCCUCUCGCCUCGUCGCAACCGGAAUCAAAGCCGGCGAUGUCGUUGCGCUUACUUUUCCAAACACUAUUGAGUUUGUAAUUAUGUUUUUGGCCGUGAUUCGAGCUAGAGCCACAGCGGCGCCGCUUAAUCAGGCUUACACGCCAGAGGAGUUCGAGUUCUACCUGUCCGACUCAGAGUCGAAGCUUUUACUGACGUCACAAGAAGGAAACAAGGCGGCUGAAGCCGCGGCCUCCAUGCUCAAAAUUCCUCACGCCUCCGCCUUCCUUCCUGAUGCCGAUUCAGAACUCGUUCUAUCGCUUAAUCAGUCCGAGUCACAACACAACUCGGUUUCCAAACUCAUUAACGAUCCUACGGACGUGGCGCUAUUCCUCCAUACAUCUGGCACCACAAGCCGGCCGAAAGGAGUACCUCUGACUCAGCUUAAUUUAGCCACUUCUGUGCAGAACAUUAAAUCAGUGUACAAACUCACGGAAUUAGAUUCAGCAGUUAUCGUUCUUCCGUUAUUUCACGUUCACGGAUUGUUAGCCGGCUUGCUGAGCUCACUCGGAGCCGGUGGAGCCGUGGCGCUUCCAGCCGCUGGAAGAUUCUCUGCUUCAACCUUCUGGACUGACAUGAAUAAAUACAAUGCAACAUGGUACACAGCGGUUCCCACUAUACACCAGAUCAUAUUGGACCGCCAUUUCAGUAACCCGGAACCUGUUUACCCAAAGCUUCGGUUCAUUAGAAGUUGCAGUGCAUCGUUAGCGCCUGUAAUUUUGUCUCGGCUAGAAGAGGCAUUUGGUGCGCCAGUGUUGGAGGCGUACGCAAUGACGGAGGCGAGUCAUUUGAUGUGUUCAAAUCCAUUACCUGAAGACGGCCCGCAUAAGCCCGGAUCAGUAGGUAAACCCGUGGGUCAAGAGAUGGCAAUACUGAACGAGAAUGGUGUGGAACAAAAGGAAGGGGUUAGUGGUGAAGUGUGUAUUAGAGGAGCAAAUGUGACCAAAGGAUACAAAAACAAUCUGGAGGCCAACAAGGCCGCAUUUCAAUUCGGGUGGUUUCAUACAGGAGAUCUCGGAUAUUUUGAUUCGGAUGACUAUUUGCAUCUUGUUGGCCGUAUUAAAGAGCUCAUCAACCGUGGAGGGGAGAAAAUAUCACCAAUUGAAGUGGAUGCAGUCCUUUUGUCUCAUCCAGAUAUUGCUCAAGCAGUUGCUUUUGGAGUUCCUGAUGACAAAUACGGAGAAGAGAUAAACUGCGCAAUCAUUCCCAGAGAAGGAUCAAAUAUUGAUGAGGCGGAAGUGAUGAGGUUUUGCAAAAAGAAUUUAGCAGCAUUCAAGGUCCCUAAGAAGGUUUUCAUCACUGAUUCUCUCCCAAAGACAGCUAGUGGGAAAAUCCAACGCAGGAUCGUAGCACAGCACUUCCUUCCACAAAGCUAAACUGCAGAACUUCUGAAAUUUGGAUCCUAAUAAGCGGUAAUUUCUAUGCCCCUUUUCCAGUUCUACUGGGGAUAAGGGAGAGAAGCAUCAAUUUAUUUAUUAAUGUUUUUUUUAGUCAACAAAUAAGAAGAAUCACUUGGUAGACAAAAUUCAACAGCUGCAAACUAUUGAUAUAAUUCAAGGUUUGAGCAGCCUUUCCUUUUUGUUUGCUUGCUUGUUUACCAUGUUUUCAAGAACUGGUGAAUAAAAGAUUGUUCAUCGGCUCACAGGGAGAACAGACGGGACAAUCAUUUUCUGGAGAUA